AUGUCCAAGGCAGUGGCAGGUCAUGACCUUGCCGCUAAUGAUGUCGCAAAGGUAUCGGAAAUUGCGCGCUUGCUGAAACAAGACCAAACACCGUGGUACAAAAAGAAGAAUCUUCGAGAACUGUACUUUUGCCUUGUGCCUGCUGCUCUUGGUGUCGAAAUGACCUCCGGCUAUGAUGGCAGUGUCCUGAAUGGCCUUCAGGCUGUGCAACCCUGGGAGGAUUACUUCAACAAUCCAAAUGGUGCCUUGCUCGGUGUCAUGACAGCAGCAUUCUCAAUCGGGGCGGUGAUGGCUGUCCCCCUCGUGCCCUAUGUCAACGACCGAUUCGGACGAAAAGCCUGCGUAGUGACAGGCUCCAGUAUCAUCACUGUCGGGGCCAUUUUGCAAACAGCAGCUGUGGAUAUUGCCAUGUUUUUGGUGGCAAGAAUCAUUCUCGGAAUGGGAAUUGUGUAUGCAAUCAGCGGAGCCUCCCAGCUCAUCGCUGAAUUGGCAUACCCCAAGGAGCGAUCGGUGAUCACCGGAUUAUUCAACGAAAGUUGGUAUGCGGGAGCAAUUUUGGCUGCGGGUGUGACGCUUGGGACGUUUUCGUGGGAGAGCAGUUGGAGUUGGCGACUUCCCUCCUUACUCCAGCUUCUGCCAUCAACAUUGCAGCUUAUCUUCAUAUGGUUCAUUCCCGAAUCGCCACGUUUCCUUGUUUCACGAGACCGCCACGAAGAAGCCCUCGAAAUCUUGAUCCAAUAUCAUGCUGAAGGAGACCGCUCGAGUCCUUUGGUCGCAGCAGAAUUUCAACAAAUUCGGGAAACCAUCCGCAUGGAGCUGGAGAGCACCAAGACACCCUGGAAAGAGAUUGUAGCCACUGGCGUCAAUCGACGACGAGUCUUCAUCGCGGCUUGUGUUGGAUUGUUUUCUCAAUGGUCGGGAAACGGCCUUGUUAGCUAUUAUCUUUCGAAAGUACUCACGACGGUCGGAAUAACCGAGAAAAGGACUCAGAAUGAAAUCAAUCUUGGUCUGUCGUGCUGGAACCUCAUUACCGGAGUCACGGGGGCCCUCCUGGCGCAUAUCCUCCCACGCCGACGCCAGUACCUGACUUCAUAUACGGGAAUGACCGUCAUGUUCGCAUGCUGGACCGCGGCCUCGGCGACUUAUUCCAAGGACCACACGAACCAUUCGGCCGCCAUUGCAGUUGUCGCCCUCAUCUUUAUCUACUACGCGUUCUACAACCUCAUGAUGCCGCUGACUUACAUCUUUAUCUGCGAAGUCUUCCCGUUCAUACAUCGCAGCAAAGGUGUGGCCAUAACUCAGUUUUUCUCUCGUGGAGGCAGCGCAUUCAAUCAAUUUGUCAACCCGAUUGGCCUCCAGAAUAUAACGUGGCAUUAUUAUAUCGUGUACGUCGUCUGGCUCGCUAUCGAGACAACCACAAUCUUCUUCAUAUAUCCAGAAACGAAAGGACCUAGUCUUGAGGAGGUUGCGAUGGUCAUGGAAGGCAACAAUGCAAAAGUCGAAGUCAUUGAGAUUGGAGCCCUGACAGGGAAGAGUGGGGUUGACGUUCAAGAGGUCGAGAAAGUGUGA